AUGAGUACAGACUUCCACAGACUCCUUUUUGACAUUUCCGAGGCUUUGGUCACAGAUGAACUGGCAGCGCUGAAGUUCCUCAGCCUGGAACACAUCCCCAUGAGGAAACUGGAAGCCAUCCAGGAGCCCAAGGCCUUCUUCCAAAUCCUGCAUGAGAAAGACAUGAUCGAGGCAGGAAAACUGGACUUCCUGAAGGAGCUGCUCUUCCGGAUUGGCCGGAUAGACCUCCUGUCUGACCACCUGGGCUCCAGCCGAGAGCAGAUGGAGAGAGAUCUGCAGGCCCCAGGCAGGGCACAGGUGUCAGCUUACAGGCAACUGGUAUAUGGAAUUGCAGAGGACUUGACUCCAGAAGAUGUCAAAUGUCUGAAGUUCCUGCUCCAAAAACAAUUACCAAAGAGCAAGCUCCAGGAUAAUGCUUCAAUGUUGCAGGUCUUUCUGGAAAUGGAAAGAAAUGGGAUAAUUAAAGAAGAUAACCUGACAGUGCUGAAAGAUCUAUUAAUGAGAUUUAGAGCUGACUUAAAGAAAAGAAUUGAUAUCUAUGAAGAAAAAAGAAAGGUCCUAAAUUGUUCUAUUUAUCCUCUCCUUCUUAGAAAAGUAUUCCAAGGAAGAACUCCCGAAAAAAUUCCAAGACAAGAAGCAAAGGAGGAAACAAAAGACCUACCUGUGAAAACAUAUAAGAUGAAAAAUAACCCCCAUGGUUACUGUGUGAUUCUUAACAAUCACGUUUUUAAAAAUCUGGAUUGCAACAGAGAAGGAAUAGUGAAAGACAGAGAGGCUGUGAAGAGGGUCUUUCAGUGGCUUCAGUUUGAGACAGUUGAGUACAUAGAUCUAGAAACAAAACAAAUAUAUGAGAAAGUUAAAGAAUACAGCGAUAAAGAUCAUAGUAACAUGGACUGUUUUGUUUGCUUCAUUUUUUCCCAUGGUGAGUUUAUAAAUACUGAAGAUUUACUCUCCUUCUUCAGUGGAUCUAAUUGUUCUUCUCUUGCUGGCAAACCCAAGCUGUUUUUCAUCCAGACUUGCCAAGGCUCCGUAGGUCAUCCAGCAGUUCAGGUAGAAGGAGACGUUUCUGGAUGCCUUGAGACAGAUGCUACCCCUCUGACCUCCAUUCCUGAUAAGGCUGAUAUUCUAGUUGUCAUGGCUACAAUGGAAGGCUAUGAAUGCAGUAUUGAGACUGGCAGUGUUUACAUUCAAUGCCUCUGUGACCAGAUCAAGUUGCUUUGCCCAUUCCGCAAGGAUCUCAUGACCAUCCUUACAAAAGUGAACAAGAAAAUGGAAAGAAAAGUAUCUGGAGAAUGCAAGCAGGUGGCAAAGAUAUCAACAACACUACUGAAGCAAUUGAUCUUCGAAAUUCCAAACUGUCAGUCAAGUGAAAAGUAG